GACUAACUCUUUGUGUCACAUAGUUAAUAAUACAAAGCGCGGAGUGGGUCUGUGUUGUCUCCGCUCCUCGGAGAGGUCACAGUCAGUCGGUCGCUACGCUGCGGCGUUAGCAUUGUUGUUGCCGGGGAGGUAGCUGGAGGUGGAGGCGGAGUGCCAGCCUCGUUGGGACGGACAGAAGCAGACAGAGGACGCAGCUGUCACACGCUGGAUGGAGCCGUGCUUUGAAGCUGAACUACGGGGGAUGAGGACUUGCAGAGCGAAUUAAUAUAUUUAUUAUAUAUGUUUUAGUCGUUUUGACUUAAAAAGCAAGCGAACUUUAUUUACGUUAGUCGACGGUUUGAAAGUUGGUGGCUCGCGCGGACGUAACCGUUUGAGCACGUUCGGCCAGUUUGAACGUUACCAGGGAGACGGCAGUUAAGAAAGCGACGCCGCUUUAAAUAAAAAGUGUCGAGAGCAGCCUUUUUCUUUUUUCUUUUUAAACAGGAGAAUAAAAAAAGCAGCAGGGUGUUUAAAUCUCUUGUAUCUUUGAGGAGGACGCCAUAUAAAGAAGGAGCCGGAGCAGCAUGGUUACCACAAAGGGAGCAGGUCUGAACCCCAACGCCAAAGUUUGGCAGGAGAUCCCUGCCCACCAGGAUAACAUCCCAGAAGAGCCAGAGGAUUCUCCUUGGCUGCUGACCUACCCUCCUCCCGCCGAGAUGACAGACGGUGACUUAGACGAUUCCUCUUCAGGGGGAAAAGGAUGCGACACUGAAUACCCCGACAGCACUGCUGACUAUGCCCCUGUGCCCACAGAUGGCACUGUGAACGGCGUUGACCACCUUGACAUGAGCUAUUUAGUCUUUGACCCCCAAUGCGAGUUAGCCAUAGACACAGAGGUGUCUAAGGAACAACCGAUGUCUGAGGAGAGCCUGAGAGAGUCUCUGAAGAAACAGCUGGAGUUCUGCUUUUCGAGAGAGAAUCUGUCUAAGGACCUGUACCUCAUAUCCCAGAUGGACAGUGAUCAGUUUGUUCCCAUCUGGACCAUCGCUUGCAUGGAGGACAUCAAAGCUCUUAGCACAGACAUGGACCUCAUUCUGGACAUACUGCGAGCCUCUCCCAUGGUGCAAGUCGAUGAAACUGGCGAGAAGGUUCGUCCAAACCACAGUCGCUGCAUCAUCAUUUUGAGAGAGGUGCCAGAAACGACACCAGUCGAGGAAGUGGAGGCUCUUUUUAAGAGUGACAACUGUCCAAAAGUGUUAAGUGCCGAGUUUGCACACAACAGCAACUGGUACAUAACAUUUCAGUCAGAUAUGGAUGCACUACAGGCUCUCAGAUACCUGAGAGAGGAAGUGAAAAUGUUCCAGGGAAAGCCAAUCAUGGCCCGCAUAAAGGCCAUCAACACGUUCUUUGGUAAGAACGGCUUCCGCAGCGUGGACUCGAGCGUGUACAGUCAGCACGCCCAACCACAGGCUCAGUAUGGCUCCGCAGUCUACGUGCAGCAGGUGUACAGCCCUCAGCAGCAAUACCCCGUGUACCCCGUGGUCUCCCCCUCCUGGAACCCUUCAGUCGUGCCAUACUUUGAAACGCCGCUGGCACCUUUCCCGAACAAUGGAUACAUGAAUGGUUACAGCAGUCAGGGGAACUACAAAGGAAACAUGAACGCCCAUCAACACAUGGGCAGGAAUCGAAACAAUGUCAGGGGUCACCCUCGGUCUGGAGAUGCACCCCCUCCCCUGAUGGAUGGCCUGUCUGGCCCCUUGAGUCCACAGUCCCUCCAGACAUCGGGGACAGUGACCGCCUCUCUGCCCUCCUUCAGCCUUAAGGACACUUCACCCGGUGGAUAUGUGAACGGGUCCGGGCGGGGCAGGAGAAGUAGCCACAGAGGCAUGAGGAGGAAAAGAGAAGAUGAACAUACAACGAGGCUUGUCCCUCUGAUGGAGGCCAAGAUACCACCUCCACCAAAGUUCGACCUGGCAGCCACCAACUUUCCUCCUUUACCGGGAUCUGUGGUCAGCGUGCAGGGAGAGACCAUGUCAGAGAUGCGCCUCUCUGACGUUGUCCGUGGCCUAAAAGUUACCAACAAGUCUGUGAGCCAAGACGUUAACGAGACCCAACACGCAAACGUGGCAGAAGAUACUGUAAGCAAACCUGAUCCUGUGACCCAGGUUGCUAAACCUGCUCCAGUGACACCACAAACAGUGGAACCGCCAGUUUCAAGUGUCGCUUCUCCAAUAAAGGAAGAGGAUAACGCCGAGCCGCUGAUUCCAAUGGAAAUAACUCUCUUCCGCGCGCUGCCUCCCCGACAGCCUCUGAACCUGCUCCCUCCACCUGCAGCCAGUCUUCUACAGAAGCACCUUCAUCAUUACCCCCAACUCCAACAUCAGACCUGGGGUCAAGAAAGCUCAGCUAUGCAGAGGUGUGCCAGAGACUGGCAAAGGACCCGCCACCGGCACAGACGCCCUCUCCCUCGCCCUCCGCCUCAUCACCCAGCCAGCCCCUGCAAGAGCUGAAGGUUAACCGGGUCGAGGAGCCCAGGCCCAACCCAAACCCCAAGCGCACUACGAACAAACCAGAGAAAUCCGGAGACAGCCGCCCCCCUCGCCAACCAUUGCGCUCUUUCAGAGGGGCGAACGGCCAAGCCAAAUCUGGAGGUGCGGGGCUGAAGAUUCGGGAGCAUCAGAGAGGCCUCAAUGCAGGGAAACAGUUUUCCCCACAGCGGGGAGCCAGACGCAGUGGCAAAGAACAGAACAUUCCCCCAAAGUCAACAAAAUAAAGCAAAAAAAGGAACAUAUGAAACUUGAAGUAAAAGAAUAUAUAUGUGUAAAUAUAUAAUAUAUGUAAAUAGACAGAUGAAUAUAUUUCAUUUGACAGACUUUGUCACAGAUCUCUUGAUGACGUUGCAGCCUUGAAAUUAUUAUUUAGACUGUAAAAAAUAAUAUGAAAAUGUGUGUGUAUAUAUAUAUAUAUAUAUAGGCUGCUGACAAAGUUGCCGAUUUUGGUAUGCUAAAACAUACUUAAAGUAAUCUCUCUAUGAUGUUAUCAAAAGAUGCCUCCACAAACAGGCUAUACAAUGACAGUAGCACAUUUAUUUCUCUGACUGCGCGUUAUUGUUGAGAUCGGUAUGUAUGAUUAUUUAUGAAACGGAUGUUGAAUCCAUGCAGGAAUAAUAGAAACAGUGAUUGGAGGGUAUUUUCACGGUGGUGGAGUCUUGAUCUACAGUUGAUGCUGGCGAAUACUAAGUUACAUGUAUUCAUAACAUUGUGUCAUGUAAUGGUUCUAAUCACUGAGUAUUGUGGCAGUAGUUUGUCUGUGUGUCAUUUGCAAUGAUCCCUUUACUGGAGAAGAUCUGUAUAUUUUAGUCACCGCAGGCUGACGUUUAACUGGGACUAGUUAAAAGGAAUAAGUCGAAUUCACCAGCUACACACAGUGACAGGAUGUGGACGCUUUGUAUUUUCAGUUUGAGGAAAGCUUUUAGAGUAGGAUCGUAGAUCUCGGGCAAAUCGGCUGUACUUUUAUUGGUGAUUUAGCAUCUGCAUUAACACAUCGGACGACCUGAGGGACCUCAGGAGCAGAAAAUCUCUCUUCUCGAUGAAAGUAGCUAUGUAAUCGUUUAUGUCAUGGCCAGUGUCUCAGCUUGGUUUAUAUGUUUUGAUUUUCUAGUCUAAGACCACUUUCAGCUUGAUUUUGUGAAUGUCAAUAUGUGGUAGCUUUUCUUAAUUAUGUGUGUGUGUGUGUAUAUAUGCAUAUUAAUUUUGGAUCUGGGUUAUUAAUGUUUUCCUGUUGUAGAAGAGUUUAAUUUUCAAUUUGUAAUGUUUUUUUUUAUUCUCUGUACUAUUUGUAAAGCGGUUUGUAGACUGAUCCGAGAGAAGACGCUUGAUUAUCGACAAUGCAGUUGGAUACUGAUCUUAACAGCCACUCAGCAAUGAGCAGAACAUGCCUGCACCGUAGUGGCGCGACUUGAAAUGCGCAACGCAUUUUAAUCGUAUAAGUAAGAAAAGGAAACUUACUGUGCUUAAAUGUGUUCCGUUCUUAGUGUUGUCAUUUCAAGUCUAUGGUGUUUUGAAAUGGAACGACAGAUGGAUGAAGAUAACAAUUGCAAAUGUUCAGGAUAUGAAAGCCUUAAGUGAUGUAGUGAGCCCUCCACUGGAAGGGAAGUGACCGCGUUGUACGGUCUUUUCUGUAUACAGUAGUUGAGUCGUCUCCUGUGUAUAAUGUACGUCUGUGUUUGACGGUGUAAUCUUUUAGUGCAAAAGAGAAAGGAUGGCUUCAACAUAGAGGAGCAGCUAUUCUCCAAACAAACCUCCAGUGCCUUCGCAGUGUUUCACUUUGGUAUAAAGAGUGCGAGACUUCUGAGCACAUCAAUUUGUCACACUGAUCAAGGCUGGUUAGUUAGUCGUCAAAAUCCAACAUCACUUUAUGACACCUGGAGAUCCUGCUCGAUGUAAACCCUUUGUUUAAUAUAGGGCUGAUUGGAGUGGAGCUUAAUCUGUGUGUGUGUUGCUUGUAGUUCCUUUUAUGUGUGUAUGAUUAUAGUUUAUUAUGUUUGCAAUGCAGUUUCAGUCUUAUACCUGCUUACAAUCACAACAUGGGAUUGAAAUUUUCUGCCAAGUACACACUGGUUUAUUAACUGAAUAUUUUCUUGCUGAGUCUGAUGUAUGAAAAAUAAAGAUUUAUUUUUUAA